AUGUGACUUGCUCUCAUAGCUGCUAAAGAGAAUCUCUUGGAGAUCCUUGUGAAGUUCUUUAGAAGAGACAUGGCACAAACUGGACUUACGGUUUUUCUACUCAUAAGCAUACUACUGCUGGAUCAGACCAUCAGCCAGGCUUCCAAAUUCAAAGCCAGGAAGCACAGCAAACGUAAAGUGAAAGAAAAAGAUGACCUUAAGACCCAGAUUGACAAAUUGUGGCGAGAAGUAAAUGCUCUGAAAGAAAUGCAAGCACUUCAGACAGUCUGUCUUCGUGGGACAAAGGCCCAUAAGAAGUGCUACCUUGUAUCUGAAGGCAGCAAACAUUUUCAUGAAGCCAAUGAAGACUGCAUAGCCAAGGGAGGGACACUGGCUAUCCCAAGGAAUAACGAUGAAACAAACACUCUUCAAGAUUAUGCCAAGAAAAGUAUGCCUAGAGCGUCUGAGUUUUGGGUGGGUGUCAAUGACAUGACAAAUGAAGGGAAAUUCGUUGAUGUCAAUGGCAUGGCUCUACAGUACUUCAAUUGGGAUCGUGCCCAACCAAAUGGGGGGAAGCGUGAAAACUGUGUGUUUUUUUCCCAGUCAUCACAAGGCAAGUGGACAGAUGAAGUCUGCCGUAUUGCCAAAAGAUAUAUUUGUGAAUUUCUGAUCCCAUAAUUGCAUAUAGAAGUGACCAUGACCAUGCUUUGGGUUAUUAACAUGCAGCUUUGUUUGUUAGUAACCCCUCCCACUUAGUGGCAAGUUAAAAAUAUCCAUCCCCCACAUUGUACUCACUCUUUCCUGAAACAGAAACUUUCUCUAAUAAUUUAUUUUCUACUCAGAUGCUAAAAAUGUUGUGUUUAGUGAGUGCUCUCAUUAUGUACAGGAAUAUAUAUUAAGUUUUGACCUAUGUUGUAUCAUAUCUUGGCAUAUUAUUUCAGCCUGAUGUCCAGGUUGCUGGAAUUUACCUCCUAUUUCUGUACUUUUUAUCUCCCUGGUAGGACAAUUUACUUGAACUCAGAACUUUAGUGAAUUUAUUGAAAGUUUACAAAAGAUGUAUAGUUACAUGUGUCAAUAUAAGGUGUAGGGAUCCUUUCAGUUCCAGUGCAUAAGAGGGACUUUGGGAUUAUGUGAGCUCCUGUGAAAAAUGGCCAACAUCCUUACAGAUGGUUACUUACUCUGUGACCAAGAGUUUUACCUACGGGUUAAGAAAGCCAUGAAACAGAAAAUUAAACAGAAAAAUCUGAUGUUAAUUUUUAAACUACAUGGAGUUAAAAGUGACACUGCUAGAAAAUGGGGGAAGUAGCUGCUCUAAAACAUCAGCUAGUCUAAACAUGUUUGCUUCUAAAUGUCUCCAUUAUAGUUAAAUAUUAGAUGUCAUGUGGAACAUUCCCAUAGAAGAAACCAGCCUGGGCGUAGAUCACAACCCUACCAUGUUACACCCUAAUAAGAUGUGCAAAAGCCUUCUCUCCUGCAGGAUCAGAAAGAAGCUUUAUAAUUCAGACAGUAACGCUGCCUGAAAGCACAAGUAGAGAAGAAGGAUCCCCUUUCUGGGUACAACAUCAUGGCUCAUUCACCCCUCUCCACAUAGCAGGCAGCACGCCUGAUUGGCAGAAAAGACUGGGGCCAAACUGUGGCUCAUUUGGGCACGCGAAUUUUCCCAAUUUAACACCUGGCAUUUGAAAAAAGUAAAAUGCACCAAUUAUUUUCUGCUAUUCUUAACCUCACAACAGAUUUGCCUUCAUGUUAUAAAUCACAGUUUCUCUCUUGUGUAAAGGAAUUUCAUUUAAAUAUUUAAAUAUAUUGCUGCUUGGAGGCUAAUUCCUACUUUUUAAUCUUUCAGUUGUGCAAGAUUUCCUUAAAUUAUGCAAUAAAUUUGUGAUUAUUGGUAUUUAGUUGUAGUAGUAUUUUUGACAGUUUAUGCAUCCGUGUGAAGGUCAUUCUCUCUCAGGACUUUUCUUAAGGAUUCAAAAUGGGUACUGUCUUCGGGCACGUUAUACUAUAUAUAUUUUUUACUAGUGUACCUGCAUGCCACAAUACAAAAUUUGGAUCUUUGCUUGCUUAAGUGCUGAAUGAGAUGCAACUGUUCAAUGCACCGCUGUAAUGUGUUGUAACUAAUUUCAUUUUCCAACACUUAAUGUGCUUGUAAAAUAGGCCUGAUUCCGAAUUCUCUCACUUAGUGCCUGAGCUAAAAUAAAAGAGCAAAAAAUUCCCAAAUAUCUCAACUUUUCUUUCAAAAUCUACCAACCUUUGUGAAGGUUGCUAUUAACAUUCCUUUUACCUACAUUUUAACUUGAUUAAGAGUCUGCAGUAACUUUGUAUGGCUUCUUUACCUCUGGCUUGUCUGAAAUAAA